AUGUAUUUGUUUUCAGUCGACAAGCCAAAGGCUGAACGCAGACGGCGCAAAGGCGUCAAUCGCCACAAUCCGCUUUACGAGGACGUCCUUGACGCACAGGGCAUCCCCCUGCCGGGAGGCGCUAUAAAUGCACCCCGCAACAGGAAGAUAAAGGAAGCGGUAGAAGAUGCAGCAGCAGUUGAGGAUGCAACUACUCGGGAGGAGGCUGGAGAAGAUGGAAUGCUUCCACCAAAACUAGGCAAGAAACUACUGAAGCUCGUUGAAGAGCAGCAGAAGGACGAAGGUAUUGGGGAGGGAUCAGACGAGGAUGGCAACGAAUCUGGGGUGGAAGAGGAAGCAGACGAAGAUGGAUUCGUUGUACUGGACUGCGAGGAAGAUGAGGAAGAUGUGGCGUUUUACAAACAAAGAGCGGGGGAGAUCCCUCGUGGAACAAUCAACUUGGCGGAUCUUGUAAUGGAACAGCUGCGGAAGCAAUCAGAGAACGCUGCCGGGAAAGAAGCAAACGAGGAGCCAGAGUCUAACUUGUCGCCCAAAGUCAUUGAAGUUUACACGGCAAUGGCACCGUUUCUUGCGCGUUACAGAAGCGGGAGAGUACCGAAGGCCUUCAAAAUCAUACCGAGGCUGCAUGCAUGGGAGGAGGUGCUUGUACUAACCAACCCACCAAUGUGGUCGAAGCAAGCGACAAGAGAAGCCACCCGUAUUUUCUGCAGCAAUCUCCGUGAAGCCAUGGCCCAGAGAUUUUUAUGCACCGUUUUGUUGCCAGCAGUCAGGGAUGACAUUGCGGAAAACAAGAAGCUUAAUUGCCACCUUUAUAUGGCCCUAAAGAAGGCUCUCUUCAAGCCUGGUGCUUUCUUCAAGGGCAUUUACCUCCCGUUGGCGAUGAAUGGGUGCACGAUCAGAGAGGCAAUAAUUGUGGGGAGCGUGGUAGCGAAGGUCUCUAUACCCGUUCUGCACGGUGCAGCUGCGCUGUGUAGGUUGGCUGCCGUGCUUCCGGCUCAGUGGAUCCCUUCUGUCAGCCACAUGAUGACGGUGUUGAUUGACAAGAAGUAUUCCCUGCCUAUUCAGGCAGUUGAUGAAUGCGUCAACCACUUUCACCGGUUUCUGUCGAGCGAAGUGAAGGUUACGGUGGCGUGGCACAAGUGCCUAUUGGUUUUAGUACAGCGGUACAAAGUUAACCUGUCAGCGUCUCAUAGAGCGAAGCUGAAGGAGGUUCUCAAGGUCUAUUUUCACCCCAAGGUUGGACCUGAAAUUCGUAGGGAAUUAGCGGCCCAGCAACCCGCACUAUUAUUAGAGCAGCAGCAGCGUGCACUGCUCGCACUUGCUGAGGAACAGAAGCAAGUGGAAGAGAUACAAGUUGAUUCGUAA